CUCAGGUAUACCUAUUACACAACAUCUUGUUAUCCGUGCUCCAUACCCACUCAUUUUGUAAUUAUAAUAAUAGCUCUGAUUAUGCUUUCCACCGAGUAGAUCGCAUCCUACUUCGGUCUUCUCUUUCCAUCAUGUUGUUGCUGUCGAUCUCGAUUCCUAUUUCUUUAUAGUAGUCCGCUUAGUGAACGAUAAAAACGAUAUCCACUGCAUUUAGACUUUGAUCAGAGCCGACUGUUGACUCGUUACUUUGUUUUCGUUUUGUGAUAUUUUGUGUUCAAAUUUAAACUGAAAAAUGUCUGACCCCUCGAAGAACGAAAAUCUUCCUCUAGAAUGGUUGAAAUUUAAAAUCGAUAAAGGCAAAACACCGGAAUAUGUUGCUAGAGCACAAGUAGAAGACGUUGGCAACAAGUUUAUUAGGAAAUUCAAAGAAAACCCUUUAGUUCCUAUUGGUGCUGUGGUUACUUUGGGUUUCUUGGGAGUAGGUCUAAAGAGUAUGUACGAAGGUAACAGAAUGAAAUCUCAAAUAAUGAUGAGAGGACGAAUAGCAGCUCAAGGAUUUACUGUUGUUGCUAUACUGGGUGGUUUGUUUUUACAAGGGAUGAAAGCGGUAAAAGAAGCUGAGAAAGAUGAACAGGAUGAACCUUUAAAAUAGUAUUUAACCUUUUGUUUUUUAUGCUGUGCAAAUUAUAUUUGUUGUAAUUCUUUAGGAUAUGAAUAGUUACAUGGUCAGUACGCUGGAAUUAGACUUAAACUAUGCUUAUACAAUAUUUUUAUAUUUGUUAUAUGAAAAUUAUUUAUUUCUUGCAUUAUAAUGUACUGGCCUUAAAUCAAA